AUCAAGAUAAGGGCUGCAUGUGACUCAAGGUCCAGUUGUGCUUAGAACUGGCUGGUGUCCACAGGGAAGCCAGCUGGUGAAACCUUAAGUCAAAGUAAAUUAACACACAAAAAAGAUUCACACUGGCGCAAACUGAUUUUCGUACUCAUUCUUACCACUAGAUGGAGACCACUACAAAUAUAGAAUUGUACAACACUGAAGGUGGGGGGAAAUGGAAUUGGACCUUUUUAUUUCUCCACAAACAUUGCAAACAGAUCAGUGUCUUUGUUCCCCUGCUAGAGCAGUUGUGUACUUCCCUUUGUGUUGUCUGUCUUUAUGAAAAUACCCUGUUUAAUUAUACUAUGUCAAUAUGGGUAAGGCCAUUGACUACUAAAAUUGAAAAAAGAUGUACAGUAAUUAACCUACGUGAUUAAUUGCAGCGUUCUUAUUUAAUUACAUUAGGGAUGCAGUCCAGCCUUUUCUUUUGAUGGAAGAACCCCCCCACCCACACACACACAUACACACUAACACAGACACACACAAAAAUGUUCAUUUUAGUUUAGAAAAUUGUAGGAUUUAUGAGAUUAUCAGCUGACAUUACUACUCGAGUCUUAAUAAAUUUGAAUAUAGAAUAAGUGGUGCAGCACACUACCUUUCGUAUUAAAGUCUCUCUCUCUCUCUCUCUCUCUCUCUCAAUAAUAUGAAAUUGGCAAAGAGAUGAGGGUGAACGCGCCCUCGGUGUGCUUUCGGAGUAAGCUGCACACUCCCAUUGCGCUGUUGUCAAGUCAGAUGACAAGUAUGUCUUCAUAAAUGUCACCGAGAGGCAAAACUGCACAGCGGAGGUACAGGGACACGCGCCGGGCGGGCUGGCACAAGAAGCUUGAGUGGAGACUGCGCUCGAGUGGCAGGUGUACGCGCACCUUACAGCGCAGAACUUAGCAUCGAUAAAAGCAAAAGAACGGAAUUCUGCGGUUUAAAGUUAAUUGCGAAUCACCGGGGGAAAGAUCGCACUCGUUGGUUUCAGCGUGAAUCUGACGUUCAAAAAGAAGCAAGCAUGGGUGUCAGGAGCUUCGGCUGGCAGAGAUAUCAACAGACAUUCCGCACACAUUAAUGCACCUACAGUUACCCCAGCAGAGCACAAUACCACAGGAAAACACUCAAGCACACCAUGCUCCUGUAGUACACACUACCUGCUGCAUACGCGGGCAAAAACCAAACACACACCCAUACAUAUACACACACGUAUAUGCACAGGCAUAAACAUACAGGUACAUUCACAGAUACAUAAGUACACGUGUUCACACAUUCACAGACACACGGACAAACACACACACGCACACACACGCACGCACGCACACACAUAGACGCACAAACACACGCACACAUACACGCACAAACACACGCGCACACAAGACACACACACACACACACACACAAAAUGUUGUCAGAGAACUCCAGCUCCAGGGUCCAGAGCCCGACCAACCUGUCGGUGAGCGUGGUGGAGCAGGUGUCCCAGUCGCUGCAGUAUAAGACGGUGUCGGUGUUCCUGGUGCUGCUGGUCUGCUGCGUGGGCAUUGUGGGAAACAUCAUGGUGGUGCUGGUGGUCCUCACCAGCCGCCACAUGCGCACACCCACCAACUGCUACCUGGUCAGCCUGGCGGUGGCCGACCUCAUCGUGCUGGUGGCCGCCGGCCUGCCCAACGUCUCCGACAGCCUGACGGGCACCUGGGUGUACGGGCACGCCGGCUGCCUGGGCAUCACCUACUUCCAGUACCUGGGCAUCAACGUGUCCUCCUGCUCCAUCACCGCCUUCACCGUGGAGAGGUACAUCGCCAUCUGCCACCCCAUGACGGCGCAGACGGUGUGCACGGUGUCGCGGGCCAAGCGCAUCAUCGCGGGCGUGUGGGCGCUCACCUGCGUCUACUGCCUGCUCUGGUUCUUCCUGGUGGACAUCCAGGUGACCGCCGACCGGCGGGUGCAGUGCGGCUACCGGGUGUCGCGCGACCUCUACCUGCCCGUCUACCUCAUCGACUUCGCCAUCUUCUACGUCCUGCCGCUGCUGCUGGCCAUCGCGCUGUACGCCCUGAUCGCGCGCGCGCUCUGCCUCAGCUCGCUGCCCCACCCCUCCCCCUCGGCCAGCGGCACCACGCUGCGCCGCAGCUGCCGGGAGCCGUCCGGCGCCGCCGCCAAGGGCAGCCGCCGCGCCCGCCCCCGCAGCGCCCUGUCGUCCCGGAAGCAGGUGACAAAGAUGCUGGCGGUGGUGGUGGUCCUGUUCGCCCUGCUGUGGAUGCCCUACCGCACGCUGGUGCUGGUCAACUCCUUCGUGGCCACGCCCUACCUGGACGCCUGGUUCCUGCUGUUCUGCCGGACCUGCAUCUACGCCAACAGCGCCAUCAACCCGGUGGUGUACAACGCCAUGUCGCAGCGCUUCCGCUCCGCCUUCCGGAGCCUGUACCGCUGCCAGGCCCAGGCCGCGCACCGCCGGACCCCCUCCGCGCUCACCGUCGGCCACAGCGUCAACCACGGCCCCGCCACCAACGGCAGGGAGCAGCCGGGCGGGAGGGUCGCCGCGGAGACGGAUAAGCGGGGAAAGGAGCAGGGAGACGCCGGGAUCUCGGAUUGCUGGAAGAAGGACACGCCCACUGCAGGGAAAGACACGCCUACUGAUGUGGAAAAGGACACGCCCACUGCAGGGGAAGACACGCCCACUGAUGCGGAAAAGGCCACGCCCAGCACAGAGGAGAAGAAGGAGGAAGAGAUGAACCACAGUUCUGUGUGACUUAUUAUUAUUAUUAUUAUUAUUAUUAUUAUUAUUAACACAGAUACAAUAAAAACAAAAGGGAACUUUUUUUCCUCACAUUUACAAAUAGUCACACUGCCUGUCUGUCAGUAUAUACAUCCCUCGCAAUUACAUCACACAUUUCGCAGUUUAAAUCACAGAGUACACAGCAGUACUGUUCUGUGAUUUCACUCCGAAUGGAACACCUUAUGGUUAUAGGUGGGGUGUCCUCUCCAAGCAGGGCGGGGUUCACACAGGGGGCAUGUCCUCUCUACACAGGGCGGGGUUCACUUAGGGGGCAUGUCCUCUCUACGCAGGGCGGGGUUCACAUAGGGGGCAUGUCCUCUCUACGCAGGGCGGGGUUCACACAGGGGGCAUGUCCUCUCUACGCAGGGCGGGGUUCACUUAGGGGGCGUGUCCUCUCUUCGCAGGGCGGGGUUCACUUAGGGGGCAUGUCCUCUCUACACAGGGCGGGGUUCACUUAGGGGGCGUGUCCUCUCUACGCAGGGCGGGGUUCACUUAAGUGAUUGCACAGGGUCUGAACCCCAGUGUGUCAGUAUACCGUUUACAUACCAGUCUGUGCCACCAGGACAGAUUACAGCACAGUCAUUUUACCCUGCUGACACUGCAUCACUAAUUGUUCCAAUGAUUUCUCCAGUAUUAAGGAUUUAGGUACGUCACUGUUUGGUUGAAACAAUUUUAUUUAUUGAUCUUGAUAUUGUGCCAGUAGUGUAUUUUCCAAAGUUCUUUGUCUGAAUUUGUAUCUGAACAGUGAGAAUCUGCAGAUCUGCAGAAGAUCUAUAAGUUUUGUGCCAGUCUGUGACGUACAGUAUUCGCUUACAGUACUACAUGCAUUAUAGUUUUGUCAAAAUGUAAUAAACGUGAGAAAAAACAUUUCUUGUCUAACUUUAUAAAAUUUGGAUUUCUUGUCUUUCAUUGUCUUUCUAUAAUUACAACCAGUUUAAUUGUGGUCUUCUCAUAAAAUCUGAAAAUAAUUGAGUUCUUCAGGAUUUAAAGACAGAUCUUUUCUAAAUUGCGAAGAUUUAUUUUUUUUGUUCUGGAGAGCUUUAGGAUUAAUUUUUCUGUGAAAAUGAGAGAUGAGCUUAUUGUGAAUAAGUUGUAAUGGAAGUGAGGGAAUUAACCGAGACUCGAAAUGAAAAUUAAACGAAAUUGCGGUUUCACAGAGACCCGGAGUUCUCGUUCGCCCCCACAGUUCCUCACUUCUGUGAGUAUAAAACAGCAUUAACACAACAGCCGUGAGGAAAUUAGCCCCAGCAACACUGAGCCCAGAAAUGGCCUGGGUCUGAGCCCAGAACCAGCCCAAUCCACUGACCCCAGAACCAGCCCAAUCCACUGAGCCCACAACCAGCCCAAUCCACUGAGCCCAGAACCAGCCCAAUCCACUGAGCCCACAACCAGCCCAAUCCACUGAGCCCAGAACCAGCCCAAUCCACUGAGCCCACAACCAGCCCAAUCCACUGAGCCCACAACCAGCCCAAUCCACUGAGCCCACAACCAGCCCAAUCCACUGAGCCCACAACCAGCCCAAUCCACUGACCCCAGAACCAGCCCAAUCCACUGAGCCCACAACCAGCCCAAUCCACUGAGCCCACAACCAGCCCAAUCCACUGAGCCCACAACCAGCCCAAUCCACUGAGCCCAGAACCAGCCCAACCCACUGAGCCCAGAACCAGCCCAAACCCUAUUCUUCUUGGCCCUGAAUAUGUUAAUUUGCCCAGAGACUAUAAUUUAAUGAAUUUUGGAUUGCUUUUAAUCUAUGUAUUUGUCCAUACAUCUUGAAGUGCUGCAAUAUCUGAUAGUUUAUUUUAUUUCAAAAUAUUUUCAGUAUGUUCAAAGUUCAUAAGGGUGAGUUCAGAAAAAGUGGGUUUUGGGAACUGUAGUCCAGGUGCAUAUAACACCCUCCCAUGUCUCCGCUUCCCUGAAUUCUGGUCUUAUUUUCCCUCUCAACAGUCACUUGGGUCUUUCAGGCACACACUCUGACCUUUCUCAUUCAGUAAUACUGAGGAUAUCUGAGAGAUCUCAAAAACGUAUUUCAAAAAAAGAAUCAUUCUCUCCAGACCACUGACAACAAAUAACUCUGAUCCGAAGUAAACAGGUGAAGCACGGGCCAGGCGGUGGUCAGUUAGUGGAUUUGACCGUUUUUUACCCAUGAUUAGACUGGAGGGAUAUAUAAAGACCGCCCCAGAGAACAGCCGUCCGACCCGAAAGAGUGGUGCUCGUUCAGCGGGUGAUAAAGAAGCCUCUCUCUGAGAGGAAGGUCACUGAGCUUCAGUACGCAAAUAAUGGAACCCGAACCUUUGUUCUCCUCCACUCGACUUUUUAACAGGCUUUUUAAAAUGACACAGAAGAAUGCAUUCAACGCGGUAUUGAAAAAGGGUGGCAAGGGGGAAUAAGAUCUAUGCGAUCUGAGCGCGCCAGGGUGAGAGAGGAGAUAUCUCGCGCAGAGCCGCCGAAAUACGCUGAUAAACCCGCGACGUAUUAUUCCCAACAGCAGGCGAAACUCAGACACUGCAUUCUUAUCGCAAAUCUCCCUAUUAUUUCAGCCGAGAGUCGCGUCCCAUCUCCUCUCUUCACGACUGUAGUAGGUCAGUGAUCCCGCUAGUACCACAGCUCUCAAGUAGGCUACCUUUUUAUGGUGUAUUUCGGAAAGACGACAGCAGAGAGGGGUCUAGAAAAUGAGGAAGUUAAAAAGGUUAAAGGUUCAGGUUACAGACUCAAGAUUACACACGCGUAUAUUUAAACAGACAUAGCACAGCUACAGGCAAUUGGUUUGUGUGGCACAAAUCGCGCAUGUCACAAAUCAUAGAUGAACAAAAUGUAGGCAGACUACUAGUGGAAAUGUCCCACGAGAUAAAUCACAGCCCAUGUGUGUUAUUUCCUUAUCUGUUUCACGGCAUCGCGUCACUGUUUAGAUAAUGUAAUUCUGGUUUUCCGAGGGGGCGUCACUGUUCUGACGAGUCCAAGAAACAACAUACCAACAGUAUACACGCUGCCAAGAGGCAUGACGAAAUAAAUAAAUAUGAACGUCUGUGUGUCAUUCUGUGGAAAUUAGUGGAAAAACAUGUUUGUCCCUUCCGAUCAGUGUCACUGAUUAAAAGUGCAGCCAACCGUUUGACUUUAUCAAAGACUUAUUUCUUCUUUAUUCUUUUAAAAUAGUUGCACAUUAUUUUGUGGCCUCGCUAUCCAACCCCGAUAAAUUAAUCAUUAAGGAUCAUGUAAAACAGAAGAGGCCAUUUGAAAAGAGACAUCUAGUUAAUUGGUAUCUGUGCCGAUGGAAUGCUGGUUAUGGUACUGUA